GUGCCAUGUUUGUCAGUCGUUUCGGUUCUCUAGUGUUAGGUCAGGUCAGCAGAUUGCAGCAGACUGUGCCUGCCUGUUUUUAUCAUUAGAGCUUCCCAGACAAUUUGUUUCUAGCUGCUCCUGAAGUGAAGUUUCUGCCAGAGGAGUUUCCCAAACACUGGUGUUCACACUACAAGAUGCUUGUAGACCUUAUCAAAGUAGUACAAACAUUCAGCUGACUUUACUUCUAGAGAAGGCAAGAUAUGAUUGUGAAGCCAUUGAUCAAGCAGUUGGGAGAUUCUCUCCUGUUGUUCCCUCACUUUUCCAAGAGAGAUGUCUGACAGCCGGAGUUCCAAGUUCAUCUUGUUGAUGUCAGGUUCACUGCUGCGUUUCCUGCCUGGGGAUUAGGGUGCCUCUCGGGCUCUGGGCCUGGGAAACAUGAACUACUUGUUUCUAUGCAUAAAUUAGAGGGCAAGACCAUGAACAUGCCCAGAACAACGUGCAGCAAGUUAGUUGUUUAUACUGACUCGGAAAUGCCAAUGGAUCUUUUAAAUUAUGUGUCUUAAUAGAAGUAUGAGAAGCAACAAAUAAGUGACAUAAUUCCUUGUUAAUAAGAAGAAGGAUUUUGGAUAAAGUGAAAAUCUGGGCAACUGAUGGACUAUGACAAAAUGAGAUAAAUGAAAACAAGGUGUAAAAGAGACUAGAGACAACAUUCUUGACAUGGACACCAAGCCUGGACAUCACAGACAACAGAAGGUGAAGAGGUCUCUGGGAAACAAAAAGUCUAAGCAAUGUGAGGAGGUGGAAACCACUGUCCUAGGACUGCACAGUAGCUAUGAUGAGACAGCCAGCAAUGUUUCUUCUGCCUCACCUGAGAGUCAAGUGAAUGGAAGCACAGAGUCCAGAAGCAAGAGGACCAUUCGCAGGCCUGCGUACUGGCUGGAAAUGAGAGGAAUCAAAAACAGCACUAAGAAAUCUUCAGAAAAGAAAGCAGGAGAAGUACAACUGAAAGGCAAGAGGAAAUCUGAGCAAGGGCAAGGCGAAGAUCUUAAGGACUCUCCCAAGAAGAAGCAGAAGAUUUUGGGGAAGAAGCAGCAAGCUGGAACACAACAAAACUCCAAAACAAAAGGCCGCUGUUCUAAGAAAGAACCAGAAACCUAUGGUGCAGGUAGCAUAGAAGAGCAGUGGUCUUUGGAAAUUCAGGACAAAGGUCGAGUUACCUGUCCAACAUGCCGGGCUGUGGUGAGAAAGACUGUGGAAGGACUGAAGAAACACAUGGUAAAUUGCAGGCAGGAAUUGUUCACAUGUCAUCACUGUGGGAAGCAGCUGAAGUCCUUAGGAGGGAUGAAAUACCAUGUCAUGGCAGAUCAUAACAAUCAGCCAGUCGUGAAAGAGGGAGGAGAGCUGGAUGAGCAGCUUGAGCGGGAUCGUCUUCGGAAGGUUCUGAAGCGAAUGGGAAAGCUGAAGUGCACGAGGGAGGGCUGCACAGGGAGCUUCACAAGCAUAAUGGGAUACCUUUAUCAUGUGAAAAAAUGUGGGAAGGCUGCUUCUGAGCUGGAGAAGAUGGCUAUGAAGUGCCACCACUGUGGAAAAGCAUACAAAUCAAAGGCAGGGCUUGUCUACCACCUGCGAUCCAAGCAUGGGCCAGUCACUUUCCUCCAUGAGGAGAGAAGAACAGAGAGCUUGAGGGAAGCAAAACGGGAGCCAAGUGACACAGGCAGAGUUCAGAGGAGAUCUGCAAAGGUGGCUAUCUACUAUCUCCAUGAGCUAGCUGGAGAAGAGCUGGCCAAAGAGUGGCCCAAGAGAAAGGUUCUGCAGGACUUGAUUCCAGAUGACCGGAAGCUGAAAUAUACUCGUCCUGGGUUGCCUACGUUCAGUCAAGAUGUUCUGUGCAAGUGGAAAACAGAGAUAAAGAUGUACCGAAGAGUCCACUGCCCAAAUGAGGGUUGUGAAUCUGUGUAUGGCAGUGUCUCAGGACUCAAAUCUCACCUUGGCACAUGUACCUUGGGAGACUUCGUGGCUGGUAAAUACAAGUGUCUCCUGUGUGACAAGGAGUUCAUUUCAGAGAGUGGGGUGAAGUAUCACAUCAACUCCGUGCAUUCUGAGGACUGGUUUGAUGUGAACACAACUACGACCAAAAGCUUUGAGAAGCUCAUGAAAAUCCGCCAAAGAGAAGAACAGAAGAAGCAACGGAAGAAACGUCCUUUGACCCGGGGCAAAAAGAAGAGAACUGGGACCCUGGCUGCCAAGAAGCUUCCCACUGCUGGAGCUGAAAAAAUGAGGAGGAGUAAGAGAGGUCGUCCACGGCAGGUGGACAACGAGAGUGUGAGCAGUGAGGAGGGGGAGCCCCAGGUUGCACAGAGAGCCGAAAUUCCAAAAACCAGCCGCAAGCGAGGCCGGAAGUAAACCCCUAGAAGAUAAGGAGUAAUCCUAAAGCUUUUCAGUUACAAGCCCCACUUCAGUCAGCCUCAUAACCCACAGCACUAAUACAAGCAACAGAAUGUCUUUGGGACUGUGAGUCCAUUCUACUCGGUGACCUUGAUUUUGAGACUGUUGCCUCUGGUCAGUGUGAGAGACUUCAGACCAAAGCUGUGGUACAGAGGCUGCUGCUCCUGGUGUGGUUCCCCUGGGCCGUGGCACUAGCCGUGUACCUGGCAUAGUUCCUGCUCUGGUUACAGUCUCAGUUUUGGGUCACAUUAGUUGCUUGUUUAGUGAUUUCCAGUGCAGCAGCUGUCUGUUUCAUCAUCUUCCUCUCAUGGGUGAGAUCAGGGUUCUUUUAUAGCAGUUUUCCAUAUAAGGGGCUGACAAGCACAAUGUUUAGGCUUCUUUUAGGGGGGAAUCCUUUCCUGCGCAGUGUGCACACAAACCAGGCAGUGCUGCACAAAGUACAAAGGCAUUAGCUUGCCCUGUAGCUGUCCUGUCUGUUGUCAGCAAGGCUGCCCCAGGAGAGCAGAUACCUUCCUCACACGUACUCCUGUCUGUUGCACAAGGCACUGUCUUUACUCCAUACACUGAUGUUUAGGUUCAGCACCAGACAGGAGCACGUGAACUCUGGUCUGCUUGGAAGUGAUAUGAGAUCAUUAUUGUCCUCACCAGGAACCCAGUAUUUCCCUAGCAUCUGUUUUCUCUAGCACUGGACAUGGAAUAUAUGUAGAGGAUCUUCCAGUCCGGUGAGGAAUAAAUAGUGCCCAGCAUUUUGGAGACUCUGGUCUUCCAGAGACACCUACUAACUAAUGGAAUAGGAUGGCCUUCUUGGGUCCUCUGAAGACUGCUUGUUUCAGCCCCACCUGGGAAACAGGCUUCCUGUAUCUCCAGUUGCAGCCUUGCUGGUGCUGACACCCAGGUUCCACUGCACUGCCUUCCCAGCCAGGUUGUUCUUUGUUGUGACCAUGCUCCCAUGGUGUCCUUUUCCUCUGCACUGUAGAUGCCACCUUUGAUGUGUUCUAUCUUAUAUACCUGUUUCUUUUCAGUACUGCUUCCUCUGUGUGAAUGAGGUAUAUUAGCAGUGGCUUCCCUGUAUGGAAAAGGUUAGAAGAAAAGGGUUCGUUAUUUUAAGUCACAUGUUGGUGUGACCUCUGGAUCAUAGGGAGUAUCUUCCUGUGCUCCAUAAACACAGCAGCUGUCAUAGAAGCUGGAAUGGAGUAGUGGCCCAGACAGUCCUGCUCUGUUUCAGAGAAUGGGGUCUCCAGAAUUUCUAUUGCUCAAAGGCUCACUGUACCAGGAAGUUGCAAAAUUUUACCUUUUCUUUGCAGUUUUGUAGGCAAGAAAAUAGGCAGCUGACUCCAUUUUACCUCCCCAUGACUUUUCACUGUCCACCUAAGUUGCUGGUGCUGGAAUACACAGGGAAGCCCUUGCAGCACCUGGUGAACAGGCAGGUUUGUACCUAUGUGUUACUGCCAAAAUACUCGCACUGGCCCUGGCAGUAGGAGGUGCUCUCUGGCCAGGGUGCUCUCCAGAGCUGUCUCUCCUGUGUAAGAAGCAGAGCAGAGCCCAGCUGAGCAGGGUCUGUCUCGUGGGGGUGACACCUGCAUGGCAGUGAGGCAGCUCACAGAGCUCCAUUGGGAUUUACCUGCAGUGGUGACACUGGUGACACACAGCAACCAGCUGUCACAGUGGCUGCAGUGCUCUGCUGAAAGUGUAACCAUGUGGCCUUCUGUGCAGGGGCUAUAAGGUUUGCAGUAAGGGGCAAGAUCAGAAGAUGACAAAAUAAAAUGUCACCAGUGCAAGGGUAUGAA